AUGGCUGAACAACUCGUCCUCCGCGGCACCCUUGAAGGCCACUCCGGCUGGGUCACCAGCUUGGCCACGUCUCUGGAGAACCCUAACAUGCUCCUCUCCGGCUCCCGUGACAAGACGUUGAUCGUGUGGAACCUCACCCGCGACGAGUCCUCGUACGGCUACCCCAAGCGCUCGCUCCACGGCCACAACCACAUCGUCUCCGACUGCGUCAUCAGCUCCGACGGCGCCUACGCUCUCUCCGCCUCGUGGGACAAGACUCUCCGUCUGUGGGAGUUGAGCACCGGCCAGACCACCCGCCGCUUCGUCGGCCACACCAACGACGUCCUCUCCGUCUCCUUCUCCGCCGACAAUCGCCAGAUCGUGUCUGGAUCCCGUGACCGCACCAUCAAACUGUGGAACACGCUCGGUGACUGCAAGUACACCAUCACCGACAAGGGCCACACCGAGUGGGUGAGCUGUGUUCGUUUCAGCCCCAACCCACAGAACCCUGUGAUCGUCUCCGCUGGCUGGGACAAGUAUGUCAAGGUCUGGGAACUCGCCACCUGCCGCAUCCAAACUGAUCACGUCGGCCACACCGGCUACAUCAACACCGUCACCAUCUCACCCGACGGCUCCCUCUGCGCUUCCGGCGGCAAGGACGGCACCACCAUGCUGUGGGAUCUCAACGAGUCCAAGCACCUUUACUCCCUCACUGCCGGCGACGAGAUCCACGCUUUGGUCUUCUCACCCAACCGCUACUGGUUGUGCGCCGCCACUGCCUCGAGCAUCAUCAUCUUCGAUCUCGAGAAGAAGAGCAAGGUGGACGAGCUCAAGCCUGAGUACAUCGACACUGGCAAGAAGAGCCGUGAUCCUGAGUGCGUGUCCCUCGCGUGGUCCGCUGAUGGUCAGACGCUCUUUGCCGGUUACACCGACAACAAGAUCCGUGCUUGGGGUGUCAUGAGCCGUGCUUAG